CCAAACUGAUAUUAUUGUAGUAUGUUGCAUACUUCACAAUUUUCUCAUGGGAUUUGAUCUGAAUCAAAGUCUUAUUGAUGAAGUGGAUCGUGAAUUACUAGAUGUCGGCAAUGAGGAGUGUAAGACUCUUUCAACCGAAGAAGAAUCUAAAGAAGGGUAAAAAAUUAGAGAUAGUAUACCUAAACAAAUGUGGGAUGAUUAUGUAUUGUAGGGGAAAUAACUAAAUAUAUUUUUUGAUUUUGUUUUUGUUUUUGUUAAUGAAUACUUGUAUUAUUUAUUUUGAUUCAGUUUAUGAAAAUUCUAUAUUGUAGCAAUCUAUAUGCUCUUUAUAAAGUAUUUUUUUUUUAUCUAUUUUAUAUGAGCACAGAUGGUGAAGAAAAACAAAAGCUCAGAUGGAAAGGCAUCCACUUCUCUUCGGUGGACUUUACACAUGGACAAGGUUUUUCUUGAUGCUUUGAUCGCUAAGGACAUUAAUGGAAAUAGAGUUGAUGGUCAGUUCAUUUCAAAGGCGUAUGAAAAUGUUGUGAAGGAAUGUACUGAAAAGUUGAACCAUCCUUUUACCAAAGAGCAUUUGAAGAAUCGGCUUAAGACGAUAAAGAGUAAUUUCAAUGAUGUUUAUGAUCUUUUCAAUGCUAGUGGUUGGGGUUGGAAUGAAGAAACAGAAUUAUUUGAGAAUGUAGAUGAAGUUUGGGAUAACUUGAUUGAGGUACUUUUUCUGUCCAUGCUUUGCUGUAAUUAUUGCUUGUGUUGAUAAAUACAUUUGUUAUUUUCUGUCCAUGCUUUCUGUCCAUGGUUUUUUCUUCCAUUUUUGAGUCUACGUCUAAUGUAAAUUCUUUCUAGUAAAAAAGUGGUAGAGAUGAUAUUUAUAGUAAUUUUGUAAUCAUUUCAUUUCUGAUUUUGUUUUGGGUUUCAUAGUCAUGUUUAUUUGAUGAUUAUGCAUUGU